AUGACAGCCUUGCGUCACUCCACACCCAAUGUAACGGACCGCAUCUUCACGCAUGGUCACGCACCCCUCAGUCCAGCCGUCACGCACCCCUCAGUCCAGCCGUCACGCGUGUCUCAGUCCAGCCGUCACGCGCCCCUCAGUCCAGCCGUCAUGCGUGUCUCAGUCCAGCCGUCACGCGUGCCUCAGUCCAGCCGUCACGCGUGUCUCAGUCCAGCCGUCACGCGUGUCUCAGUCCAGCCGUCACGCGUGUCUCAGUCCAGCCGUCACGCGUGUCUCAGUCCAGCCGUCACGCGUGUCUCAGAGAGCAUCACCCACGAGAAGAGCAUCACCCACGAGAAGAACAUCACCCACGAGAAGAGCAUCACCCACGAGAAGAGCAUCACCCACGAGAAGAACAUCACCCACGAGAAGAACAUCACUCACGAGAAGAACAUCACUCACGAGAAGAACAUCACUCACGAGAAGAACAUCACUCACGAGAAGAACAUCACUCACGAGAAGAACAUCACCCACGAGAAGCCAUCAGUCAAUGGGAGAGAACCU